UUUAUCACCAGAAAGUAGGUUGGCACACUUCUAGAAGAAACCUCUUUAUAUUCACGCUAUGUUCUAACGUCACCUGUCAGUUUUGUAGGAUUUAUAAACAGCCGGCCGUCCUACCGCUAAUAACAAUUUUUAUAUAUUUUUACGCGAAAGUAAUGUAGUAUUGUCAUAUUUUCGUUAUAUACUAUAUCGUUUUUUGUAUACAUAUUAUGUGCUAUUGCAGUUUUUUGUUGUUUAUUUCGUAAAUGUAAAGAAAUCAUGUGCCGCUGGGUGUUGGUGUGCGCGUUGCUGGCGAGCCUGGUGGUGGCCAUGCCGGAGGAGCACCAGUACUGCGCCGUGCGCUACCGGAGACUCUGCCAGGGGAAGGGCAGGCAUAUAGCGUGCCAGUUUCCUGAUUCUGGUCCAGGUCCGUCGUGCGAGCGGUACACACAGAUUAAAUUCACAAAUGACUUGAAGCACUUCAUCACACAUUAUUUAAACAGACGUCGUCAACGCAUAGCAGCGGGAAGCGAGAGAGUUCGCGGCGGGGUGCAUUUACCUAAACCACAAAUUAUGAUGCUAGUUGAAUGGGAUCGAGAGCUGGCCCUCUUAGCGCAGAGGCUGGCAGACCAAUGCCAUUUUGUUCACGAUGAUUGUAGAGCAACAGUCCGCUACCCCUACGCGGGUCAGACAGUAGGAGAGGUAAGAUGGCGUCGCUCCAGCGAGUCUGACGAGCUGAGCGCGCAACGCGCGAUAAGGCGCGUGCUAGACGCGUGGUGGGGGGAGCGGCGGCGCGUGCAGCCGAAACAACUGACUGCGCCGUUCAGGCUCACUGCCAAAGGCACAGUGUGGGGCCACUUCAGCCAGCUCGCCGUGUGGAACCUUCAAGCUGUCGGCUGUGGGGCCGUCCGUCAUGGCGCCCACCACCCCCGCCUACUCCUGGUCUGUGACUUCUCACAUACGAACAUGCUGGGCCAGAGGACGCUGGUGGCUGGCUCCAUGGCACCCUGUCCUAUACACACCGCGAGACGACCAAGAACUGCGUACCCGCUGUUGUGUGCGCCGGUCCGCCACCCAGUACCAGCGGAGCCCGAAGAAAUAGAAAUGGAAGAUAACUAUGAUGACGACGAAGAAGAUGACACCGACGUGAUGACGGUGGAAGUAGGGGACGUACCGACCCCGAGCCUGUGGCUCAAGAGGACAGAGGUCAGGAUGCAGAGGCCAAAGGUCAGGACCAAGACCACGACCCCCAGGGAUUUCCCUGAGGAGACCAGGAAACUGGAUACGAAAAUGUUUAGAGGCCCAUUCCCCAUCAGCUCGUCAACCAUAAAAGAGUCAGUGAUACAGAAACUCGAUAGGGAGUUGGAACAGAAGACCCGUAACAAAGUGAACAUUAACGCUAACUUCAAGGAGGCUCACAACACCUUCGACAGCAACCAGUUUGAUGCACUCGUGCGCAGCGACUGGCGGACCAGGAAGAAGCAGAAUUAUGGGCAGUGGCGCCAACACCACGAGAACCCAGACAACCUCGAGGAGGUGAUACCGUUGACGGCGCCGCGUCAGGAACCGGAAACAGUGGAGCCUACCAUGGCAGAGAUAUACAGACCCACUGUGCGUGAGGACACCGAACAUGCCAACCGCGGUUAUGUUACUAAUCCGGAGCGAACUCUAGCCGAGAUAUAUCGGCCUACAAUGAGAGAAGACCCGACGGAUAAUGAACCACAACUACGUCCAAGAUGGAAACAGACACGAGUUAGACCACAAAGGCCAGGCGCAAAUGCUCUUCUAUUUACUUCUACAGGAAAACAAUCAAAAAAAGAAUUUAUCGCAUCGUUAAACUUGGACAAGGAAGACAUCGACCAGUUAUUUCGCGACACAGGCUUCAACGUUCACUGGAGGAAACACACAACAUGAUUCAAAAUAUAUACUAUUGUAUA